CUGGAAUUGAGCGUUUCAGUUAACAAGACUAAUGGGUCUGGUGGGCUGUAUUAUAAGAACAAUAAAAAAAUAAAAAUAAAGCUGCAGUUAUUAAAAAGCAGAGUGGAUGCAGAAAACCCCUUGUAGUAUUAACUUUGAAAUGAUGCAGUUAUUAUUGUGCUAAGAUUGACCAUUUAACAGCCUUGCCGGAGUUCUAAAGAACACUCAAAACACCAUAACCACUACAAUACCAAUACAGUGGCUACGCUGCACGAAGUGUCCGGGCAUGGUUUGAUAACUUCCCUGGGACCCCUUCUUUUUCAGAUGUUUCUACUGAGCUAAAUACAGCAGAAGCAGGACUGUGCUCAAUGACUGAGACAGCUCAGGUGAUUAUCUCCGCCAGUGAGCGUAGACCUUUAUCGAUUCCGUUUUGACGUACAGCGCAAUCCUGCUUCCCUUGCUGGAGAAUACCAUAUCUGGUGCAGGUUGCCAACGUGAUCAAAGCAAGUUGUCAAACUAUGAUAAAGCAGUCUGACAUAGUCCCAUGGGACAGCAGCAGGGCACUCCUGAUACCAUAACCACUACAGCAGGCUAGAGGUUUUAAAAUAAAUAAAUAAAGCCUCCCUGACAUAGAAGUUACACCACCUGCUCCCUGCAGGGCUCUGCAAUGAGGAAGUAAUGAGUCCAUAUAAACCCUGCAUGCCCAUGCCACAUCACUAACUCCAGUGUGGGUGGUAUCUGAGCAUUGCUGGUACACAGUGUGCUGCCAGGGGGUAAUGAGGUCACUGAUUAGGGAGGGACCCACACUGAGCUCCCAGCAUUGUAUCUGGUUCAUACAGUAACACAGCACUCUCCGUGUCACCACGUGUUACACUGGGAGCAGGAAGUGCCGUGUCCCGGGCCCGGUGCCGGUGACAGCCGCGCUCCAUCACAGUACCGUACAGUAACGGGGACCCUCGCGCUCACCUGCUGCGAUGCGGCCAACAUUAACCGCAAUAAGGAGACCCCCAGCGUCCCGUUGGCGCCAUCAACAGUCAAGCUGCGGCAGCCAAUCACAGCUCGUGACGUCACGGUGCGCCGCGGACCUUUAACCCCAGGGCAGCUGAAGCUGGGCCAGUGUGAGGGCCGUGUCCUCCGAGCUGCCAUCGCUCUCUGCGCCCUCUGCAGCGUGACUGAGUCCCUUAUGGGGUUAACGGCACUGGGGAUCCGUCAGCGUUGUGUGAUUUCCGGGUCAUGCUUGGUGCUUCUCCCAUGGCGGCCAUGGAGCCUGCGAGGAGGCUGCUGAUAAAGUUUGUUUCCAUGGAGAGGCUGGGGAGGGCGCUCACUGACUCACUGUCCCAGAGGUGGACUAGGCCCCCAGGGUGCCGGGCCAUGUGUGUAUCCCCCAGCCCUGCCUGUGUGGGGGCCAGGCUGUGUGUGAGCAUGAGGACAAACAUGCAGCCACUGAGGGCAUGGAUAGAGGGCAGUGACAGUAACCACCACCACUACACAAGGACCUUCUCAUUGUCUGCUCAGGGCAGGUUGUGCUGGAGCUGCCAGGCUGCCCUGGCCAUGGAUGAACUAUUCUGUCCCACCUGUCACUCCCUGCAGCCCCCUGAUGAAACGAAGGAUUAUUUCCAAGUUCUAGAUUGGUAACAUAUUGAUUAAUCAUCUUGCAUGGCUACAUCUUGACUUGCUCCAUAGUGAACUUGUGUCAUAGAAAAGUAUGAACUAGUAACAGUACAAAAAUAUAUAAAUAAAGCAAUGGGACUUAUCCUGUGGUACAAUUAAAUUACCUUGAAAAGAAUACCAGUGUGAAAAAAAAAAUCUUUAAAAUAACCCCUCAAGCGCCAUAACAACUACAGUGCACUGUAGUGGUUAUGGCGCCAACAAUAGCCAAGAGUAAUGGGUUGAUUUCUUACCUGUGGAUCACUGUUCUCCUCAAUUGCAUUGGCAGGAGAGCCUCAAGCUCCUACUUAGGAGCUACUGUUCAUUCUACUCACCUAAAGUCUGCUAGGCUAACGCUUUGAAAGUGUCAGUAGAUCGCUCGCCUUAAUGAGCUAAGCCCUGCACCACAUGACACAAGAGCUGGCUCUCUGUCAGAUUUAGUUGAGACAGGUAGCGUCGCUUAACGUAUCCCAGGUAAGAAGCAAAUCUGUUCAAAAACAGUCUGACUAUUUACAUGUUUGAGGGUUCUCAAAAAACAUGUAGAUCCUUAAUAUACUGUUGUCAUAUAGGUUGGCCUCAAGUCCAUCAUGAUCUAGAUAUUUCACUUGUUCACAUACUCACAUUUGUUCCGUCUAGUGAGAAAACAUUUGAUGUCAAUAUUCAAGAACUGCAAAAAAAAUAUCGGAACCUUCAACGCUUCCUUCAUCCAGAUUAUUUUAGUCAAAAAUCACAUGUGAGUAAAUUCUUAUUUGCUUUUAUUGUACUUUAAUGCUACAAAGAGUGGUCACGAAAGCAAUUCAAUCGGAUUCUGUCCAAGUGUUUAACUUUAAGGGAACACACCAAGCACCAUCACUACUACAGCAUGAACUUUGGUAGUGGAGGAGGCACCCGGUGUACUCCAGUUAAGAAGUUAAACCAUUCUUAAAAUUAUUUGACUACUUAGAAUAAGGUGCACUCCUGGCACAUUAUUUCACCACAGCCCAUGUAAUGUUAUUGUGCUUGGAAUAAAUGAGGUGACCUACAUAUGCUGAGACUUGGAUACUGUUUUAAAAUGUCCAGCUAAGAUUAAAAAUUGUGCUUAAUGAAUUGGACAAUGUAGGCUGUAGUUGACUCCCCUUUUAAUGCAUUUAUAUAUUAUGUAUCUAAUAUUUAGUCAUUUAGAUUCUGAAGGCAUAAGGAAAGGAAAACAGAGCGUGAAAAAAACUAACAUACAGGUCUUCUUUAACUCAGUGCUUAGUUGAAGCACCUUUGGCAGUAAUUACAGGUUCAAGUCUUUGUAGGUAUGAUGCAACAAGCUUUGCAUACCUGGAUUUGGGUAGUUUCUCCAAUUCAUCUCUGCAGGUCCUCUUAAAUUCUGUUAGGUUGGAUGAGACUGUUGGUGAAUAGCCAUUUUAUUGCCUCUGUAGAGAUGUUCAAUUCUGGGCUCUGGCAGGGCCACCCAAGUACAUUAAGAGAGUUGUCCCAUUGUCUUGACUGUGUGCUUAGCGUUAUUAUUCUGGACCAGGUUUACAUUACACAAUAAAUACUUUAUUUUGAUGCCUUCAGCUUCUCUAAACCAUGACCAAACUCUCUGCCAUGAAUGUGUAUUUAUUGGAGGGUAGGGCACUUUUGCACUUUUAUUAAGGGUGCCCUACCCUCCAAUAAAUAUACCUUCCGUACCUGGAGUGUUUCCUGUAUUCCCUAUUAUCUAGGCAAAAAGGACAAAUCAGUGGAGUGUUGCAGUGAUGGAUGUCUAUCCGCAUGCUUACCCCAUCGCCAAAUAUAAUCUGUUGGAAUCACCCAGCGUUAUCUUUAGUUUUUUUUAUUUACCAUCUCCCUUAUCUCCCGAUUGCACUGUUUGGCCAGGCAACCAGAGGGGUUGUUCCAAACCUCUUCUAUUUAGGAAUAAUGGAGAUCAUUAUGGUCUUGGGAACCUUAAAUGCAGCCAAAACAUCUUGAAGCUUUCACCAGAUCUGUGCCUUAACACAAUCCUGUCUCUGAGUUCUGCAGGCAGUUGGUUUACCCUUGUGGCUUAGGUUUUUACUCUGAUAUGCAUGUAUAGCCCUGGUACCAUAUAUAGACAGAUGCCCCAGUGAAUAUAAGGCAUCUGAGCUAAAUGUCAAGUGUCAUAGCAAAUGGUCUUUUUUUUUUUUUGUAUAAUUUUUUUUUUAUUUUUCAAUUUAAAAUUUCAUCCAUAUACACACUUUCAUAGAAAAAUAGGUUGAGAUAUUACAAUAAAUUAAGUAUCGUACACAUAGUUAAUAAAACCAUAAAUAAUACAUUUAUACACUGACUACAAUCAAAUCAGUACAUUACAUACAUUGACCUCUUUCUUACACUUCUGCAUAAAGCUGCUACAUUACCUAAGAAAGGUUGUCAUUGGAGGGAGGGGGGUUUUGGUUUUAAGACUGAUAUCUAUUCCAAGGGGCCCAAAUCUCCUCAUAUUUCUCCUUGGAUACUUUAUUUAUUGAUAUACCUGCUUCCAUCCUACAUUGAUAAUCCACUUGUACACAAAUAUCUUGCCAAACUAACGGGCCCAUAUUUCUCCAGUUUCUAGCUAUAAUUAGUUUGAUUGCCAUAAAGAAAUGGAUCAUAAGAAUUUUUAGUUUUACAUUGACCCUUGGCAUGUUUAAGUGAAACAGGAACAUUUGAGCCGUAAUAACAGUUUGUGCCUUCAGAAUGAAAUUUACCAAAUCCGAUAGUUACUUUCAUAGGUUUCAACUCAUCACAGUCCCACCAUAUGUGAGAAAAUUAGCCUAAUUCCCUGCCACAUCUCCAACAAUCUGGUAGAAGUGUGGGUUGAAAUCUAUGAAGGCGAGUGGGCACCAGAUACCAUCGGUACACAAGUUUAAAAUACACUUCCCUUAUACCCACGGAUAUGUCUUUUUACUAAUUGUAGGCCCAAAAGCCAAUCUUCAACCUGAGAAAAAAAAUUGAGUUCUUGCUCCCAUGUAUUCAUAGCUGACACUAUCUAUUUGCCUUUGGCUUCUUAUAAAUUGGUUAAAUCUGGAGGCAAUUUUUUUCCUAUAAUGGGAUGCUAUAAACUGGUCAAUUUGAGAGAUUUCCGAAAAAGUUUUUCCUAUGAUAAAAGAUUUUAUUCUUAAAUAAUUAAAUAUUUAUUUGGAAGGAAGGUUAUAUUUAAGCUGUAACACUGGAAAUGACAAUAUUUUAUUAUCAUCUAAUAGUUCUGCUAAUUUUGCAAUUCCACACUUUUCCCAUUCUUGUAUAUUUGUCUUUUAUAUAAAGUUUUAAGCAUGUUAAUGGGGCAAUUCUUGAUAUAUACUUAGUACCAUAUUUUUUCUUUAAAUAUUUUACUAUAUAGAUCAUUGUGUUAUUCAUCGGAUUGUUAGAUUUUAUGUUUUUUACAAAUUCACUAUCGCACCACAUAAGGAAUAGAGGUUCGAUAUUACCCAAAUCCGAUUUUUCAAUAUCUAACCAAGUAGGUCUUGAUUUUGUAAAGUUAUCACACUUGAUUAAAUGUACUACCAUAUUAAUCGUAUAUCAUUUUUGUACGUCCGGAAAAGAAACUCCCCCCUCCUUCCAAUCUCUCUGUAAUAUUUCCAAUGACACUCUAGGUCGCCUGUCCUGCCAUAUAUAAUGUGAUAUUUGUUUUUGAAGACCGCGUAUCGUCUGGGAUGACACCCUCAGCGGGAGAUUACCAAAUAAAAAUGUCAAUUUAGUGUAUGCCUAUCCCUAUUUUAAACCGUGCCAGAAAAAAACCCUUAUCAUAUCGUAUCUACCCAGUACAGGGAAAAAAAUAAAUAAUAAUUUUUCAAUUUGAGGUUGGAUAGCAAAUGGUCUUAAUACUUAUGUCAGUGAUUUUUUUUUUUGAUUUUUUUUUUUUAUUUGCAACAUUUUAAAAAAUUUGAUUUUUGCUGUGCCAUUAUGUGGUGCUGACUGUAGUCUGAUGUGGGGAAAAAAACAAUUAAAGAAACACUAUAGUCACAAGAACUACCACAGCAGUUGUUUAAACAGCAAUUGGAUAAAUACUUGCAAAAACAUAACAUACAGGGAUAUAAUUUCUAAUUAGUGGGGUAAUAGCUGCUUGAUCCAAUGAGAUAUGACUGCUAUUUUGGGGUCAAGAAGGAUUUUUUUCCUAGUUGUUGCAAAAUUGGAAAGUACUUCAAACUGGGGUUUUUGCCUUCUUUUGGAUGAACUGCAAAAACAUAUGUGAGGAAGGCUGAACUUGAUGGACGCAUGUCUCUCUUCAGCUAUGUAACUCAAUAUGGUGUCCUAGCCUGUCCCCCUUUUUAAAAAAAAAAGGUUAAUUGCUUGAAGAAAGGGAAAGUGGGUAUACAGUUAGAUCUGGAAAUAUUUGGACACUAAUACAAUUUUCCUAAUUGUGUCUCUGUAUUCCACCACAAUGGAUUUGAAAUUAAACAACCAAGAUGCAAUUGAAGUACAGACUUUCAGCUUUAAUAAUAAAGUAUUUAACCAGGAAAGGUACAUUCAGAUUACUCUGAUUUCCAAGUAUGUCCUGGGGAUGUUACUUUUGCCCAGCAUUCAGGGAUGAACAAAAAUAUCCUAUGAAAGGUUUAGGAAUUGCAACCAUUUUCAUGUACAGCCGAAAUAACAAAACUACUGACAGUGUCCAAAUCUUUACAGACCUAACUGUAUGUAGCUUAAAACUAUUACAAUAAAAAUAAAUGGAGUUUAGAAACUAGCUGGAGUAACCUUGUUAGCAAUUCUAGCAUUUAUGCAGCAUAAAAAGUGUGACAAUGAAGGAGUCUGAAUGCACAGUAUAUAUUGAUCUUUGCACAUAUAUAUAUAUUUUUUAAAUGAAUCCAGUAUUCUCAAAGCUGGUCUUGAUUGGUGUGAAUAAAUCAGAAUCUCUGCAAUCUCUCAAACAUAAAAUUAGAGAAGAAUCCUAGCUAUUUCUAAAGCUAUCAAUGGUAGCUAUUGUUCCCUUUAUAUGUGUUCAUUUUUGAUAGGCAACAUCAGACUUAGAAAUAUAUUUAAACUUUAUAACAUGUGAGUGUACCAGUGUUUUUCUUUAGUGUUACUGGAGGAGGUCUGGAAUUCUUGCAUUUCUUGCCACACACCAAUCAAUGUUACCAUGUGGUAAUACAAAAGCAGACGUUCUAGCUCAUGAAACUGUUUUUGUAUAAACCUAAAGAGAGAACUGCUUGCCAUGCCAAAUGGGCACACAAGUAUGCGCUCACCAGAAAAUAAUUUAACAGAUUUAUUCAGUCAUCCAGACCGGACACCCCUUUAAACAAUUGAGGCAACAGAGCAAAAUGCCAGAACAAGGUGCCAAAUUGGUUUUAAAUUUCAUCAUAUAAAUCGCAAUUUCAUUAUCUUUUUUUUAAUUGUAGAAGAGGUUUGUGGAUACAUGCUUUAUGAGGGCUGGUGAUGACAGCAUCAAUAUAAUCUUAUAGAUGCUGUCCUUGCUGUACACAUUGAAUAAACUGCAGAGCUUUCUUUUCGAUGACCUAAUUGUUGUGAUCUCUUUUAGAUGGAGCGGGAAAUGUCAGAAAAACAGUCAUCUCUGGUCAACAAAGCCUAUAACACACUUCUAUCUCCUUUAAGUAGAGGAAUAUAUUUGGUAGGUAUUUUGGAUCAAUUAAAACCAUAUGCUCUCCUCUUGCCCAGUUAAACUGAGAAAAACAAAAUGUUUAUACUUAUUACAGAUUCUACAAAAAUGCAUAUUAUUUAAGGAACACAUAUAAUUUGUUUUUCCCCUAGCAAUACAUUUGAUUAUUUUAUAUUAUCCAUUACAUGGCACUCUUCAAAGUGCAAGCUACUGAAAUUGUGUAUACUUUAAUUUUUUUUCUAUUUCUGUAAAUUCAUUAAUCCCAUUUGGUUGCAGAAAAAUACCUCCUACAUGUCUUUUUGGAAGGUCACUGCUUUUUUUAUUUCUUUUUUAAAAGCCAGAUUUGUGUAUAACGGUUUUGUAGGCCUAAAUAGCAACACAGUGGCCAAUAAUAUUGUUUAAAGCAUAUUUAUAAAAAAAAAAACUAAAACUGUUUUUUUAUUUUUUUAUUCCGUGAUAUACAUGUUAAGAACCACCAAUAGCUUGUGCAGUUACUUACAGAUUAUUUUUAACAUUAAACUCUUUAAUUCACUGCUCUAAUCAUUGUCUCUAAAUAAACUUGUACUUUUUAACCAACAAAGGUAUUUUGGGUGUCAAUUUUCUGUUAGACAACCCUUUGUUUUCAUUAGGCUAUUAGCAGCUAACAUGUGCAGCUUUGUUAUUUAUGUGAUCCACUGCAUGCUUUAACUUUCGUUUAUGUCAUGCUGAUUGUUAUAAGCUGAGCACAACAUUACAAGGCUAUCUCUGCCCUGGGAAUAGUCAUGCCUUUGCCCAGUUGCCCAUUUGUGGUACCCUAUGCUUUUUUUUUUUUUACAGUAAAUAUACUCUGAUUCUAUUAUUUUCACGGUCUUACCCAAUAUGACUGUUCAUACCAGUGCGAUCACCAAAAACAAAAGAAGAGUAAUAGUAAAAAAAAAUGUUUAAAGUGUCCUGUUUGUUUUGAUAUGCUUUGUUUCUUUAUAGCUGUUUAACAAAUGUUUUACCAAAUUUCUACAUGUACUCUGUGUACCCUAUAUGGUGGCAAGUUCCCCAUCUAUAGUACACUGCAGAGUCCUGUUAAAUUUGCUUCUAUUCCACAGAGGAAGGAUGGAUGCCUAAAUUGGAUCACAGCUGAUGUCUGCCUCCAUAGUGAAUGCUUUCAGAGGAUUUGUGCACUGAGGUUUUCUUAUUCACAGCUUGUUCAUGCUUUGAGGCUCUGAUAUCUGAGGCUGCAUAUGCAAUGAGUAAAAUGAAGAAAAAUAAAUCCAUGUUUCUGUGUGAAAUGUUGAUCUCUAUAAAGUCAUGCUUACUAAACAGCAAGUUGACAACCUGCUUAAAUGUUAGGAAUUAUUAAUUCAGAAGUACAGACAAAUCUACAGUCAAACAGGUUUUUUUGUUUUUCUCGUUUCCUUUCCUUUUCUUCAAUUUGGCAGGUUUUGCUUACAUUUUACAAGUCUGUUGUAGAGUGAAUACAUUUCUUAAUCUUGGGGUAGUGAAGAGAAGUAUGAUUUGCAUUACUGACCACUACACUGGAUGUAAAAUAAAAAAUGGGUUGUAUUAGCCUGUUGCUUAGUUUUGUGUUUGCAAAUCACCUACUAAGAUUUCUGAUUUAAUAAUUCAUUUGUUUAUGCAGUGAUCAUUGUUUGUUCCUUUAUUGAUAUCUAUCUUUUCUCUUUAAAGCUGAGCCUCAGUGGUAUUACUUUGGAGGAAGGAACAGACAGUGAUGUUGAUCCACACUUUCUCUUGGAAAUACUGGAAAUCAGUGAACAGCUUAAUGACUGUAACAUUAGCAGUGAAAUAGAAGAUAUUGGGAACUUUGUACAAGGUAAAACUUGGUACAAAAAGUGCAGUUUUGUAUUUACUGCAGAUAAUUUAUUUGUGUUUUACAGCCUUGACCGUUUUCUUCGGCAUAUUUGCUAAUUCUGGACCACGAGCAAUCUAAAGUGAAUAAUAUGUUAAAACGUUUGUCAGGAGUUUUUUGUCUGCCAAAGUGUGUCACUGUCAUAACAAUUACCCUUUAAAGUAGCUUUGUCAACAUGGGGGGGGGGUCUUUGCAUAAUCUGUCUCUGGGUGGUGCAGGGGACAUUAUCCUGCUCAGUCCACUCUAAACCUUUAUUAGUCCUCAAGACUCUUUUACCAAUGUCAUCAGAAAAUAAUAGCAAAUGUAAAAGCCAGGUUUAAGAGGAUUGUAGCAUGAGAAAAGACAAUUAUAUAAACCUAAUACAAAAUUCAGAAUUUAAUAUUUCCAAAUACUGUAAUGUUUGCCUUUUAAUUUCACUACUACAGACUUGGUAUUUUACAAAUCUUUAGUAAUAAGCUGUUUUAGUAAGCAAGCACUUGAUAUAUGGUAACCAGUUGGCCUCGGGUUAACAAACCCUAAAGGUCCUGCUGCAACAGCACUUAAAAAUUUGCACUGGCCCAGUUUGUUUGGGAAAGUUUCCUGCAGCAUUGUGCUCUAUCUGUUAUCGAUGUUUAUCUACAUAUCACAUGUGAACAGUAUUCUGCACUGUAGGAUAAAUAUGGCUAGAAGGAUGCAGUAUUACAGGUGCUAUAUAUGAUUUAGUUGUGAUGUAUGGUUUUUGGUAUAUGGAUAUCAUUGCUCAAGUAAAAUACAGUAUGGUUUAUCUACCUAACUAUAUCUGUCUAAAUAACAUUGAGUGAAAAUACUAUAUUGCUUAGUCUUUUGUGCUUAAAAUUAGUUUCCAUAGGUGAUUAUAUAUAUAUAUAUAUAUAUAUUUUUUUACAUAUUACUGAAACUACUUCACGUGUCUGAAAGGACCACUAAAGUUACCUAAACCACUUCAUGUCAAUGAAGUGGUCUGAGUGCAGUAGUCCUGUCAUCUUAACCAUGCAGUGUAAAUCAUUGUAGCUGUGUGUUUGUGGUUUUUUUUUUUUUUAUAGUUGUGUGUGUGUGUGUUGUGUUGUGUUUUUAUUUAAUUUUUGUAGCAGACCCAGAGUAACCUGACCGGUCACCUCCGUUUAUUCUUUCCUUCAGCUGCUCAGGACCCACUUAUAAUGAUAAAAGACCCAACGACCAUAGUUCUGGAGGUACAACAAAAUUUUAUUGGCCACACACAGUGUUUAUGCAUAACCCCAUGCAAGGGAUCUACCACACAACCACACAGGAUCCUCUCCCUCCCUGCGAUCCUAGAACGGGAAGGUACUCCGUUCCCUCUGUCCCCAAAGACCGCCAUUGAAACCACAGGGUUUUCCACACCAACCGCCAUUGGUCUUCUUCCCAGAGGAACCCAUGUGCGGGAAAAAGGGACCAUCCCUUUGUCUCCCAGGCACAGAAAAGCCCGCCGGCGGGAAAAGAGCCGGCCUUUGUCCCCACAGGUACCGAAAAGCCCGCCAACUUAGCCAUUGCCCCAGAAGUGUCCACACCAACCUUAGGGACCCUCACAGUGAUUUCUUUCUCGACCAGUCUCCGCUCGCAAAGUCCCUGUAUGAUACCCUGCAAGGGAAGCGUCUCGUUUCGGGAUACAACUGCUCCCCAUGGACAAGUCGGGAAACAAUCUACGAAUACUCCCCCUGGUGGCCGUUAUUCUGUAAGAAUGGCAGCCACCCAGUGAGGCACUCAUUACUUGCUUCCCUUUCUGAUGUUGCAAGGUGAGAACGUUCUAAAUGGGGUAUUGGGGUGGUCCCUGUUCGGGAGGCGAAUGGAUUCCCUUCACGGAAGCCCUCCCGAAAGGGGAGUGGGUACAAAACAUAAGGGAAACACAUGAAAAGAAACAGGGAAAUCCACAAACAGGCAGCAGUUCUGCCACACUUUUCAUUUUGUUUGAGUUUGUGUGUGUGUGUGUGUGAAAACUGGAGACAUGUCCCACCCCCUCUUCUUUGUCCUUCUCCUCCGACUACAGGACCUAAUAAGCGACCUUCCGCUGAGAUCGUGGACUACGAAGGGGAUCACUUCUGUGAAAUCCCUGAUAACACCACGGGGCAUUAAACAGUUCCCUGAGCUACAAGCCAAAUUCGCGUUACCCCCUAGGGAGAUUUUCACAUAUCUGCGCAUCAAAUACACCCUAUCAUCGUUAAACAUACACCACUGCGAAACUGAACAACUAACUGCAUUUGGGCAAACACAUGGGCAAACCCCUAUCCUUGAGCUAUUCAGCGAUUAAUGAUGUGGACAGGACCACUAAACACCCCUAUAUGCUAAAAUGGGAACAUGACUUAGAUACCACAUUCCCCCUUCCCAUGUGGUUACAGGUGAUCCACACCACAUGAGCCUCUUCACAUAACAUGUCCCACUGGGAGAGCUUCUGCAAACUGUUGAUGCGAUGGUACCUAGUCCCUGCUCGUCUAGCCCAGAUAUACCCAACAGCCUCGCAGGCAUGCUGGCGAUGCGAUGACGGGGUGGGCACUUUGUUACAUAUCUUCAGGGGCUGCCCCAAAUUGACACAAUUUUGGCAACAGGUCAGGAAUUUGAUAAAGGAGGUCACAGAGGUUGCCAUACCCCUACACCCAGAAUGCUAUCUCCUACAUAUCCACGCUGGAAUACUGUCCUCCCCACACAAGGUGGUCAUCUGCCACAUCCUGCUAGCUGCCAAGACCAGCAUAGCGAGCAGAUGGAAAAGCUUAGACCCCCCCAAUACUCAGGAGGUGAAAAAUAGGGUCCACUCGACAUACGAGCACGAACGAUUAGCAUUCAGGUUGAAAGACCGAGAAGGUAAACACGCAAAACUAUGGCUCAGUUGGAGCGCAGCACAUUCCCGCGGGUAGUGGGUUGAGGGGAGAAAGAUAGGCCACCUAAGCUGUCGGGCCCAAGCCGAGUGAUUAGCAUGCAACACUCAACCAUACACAGUAGGCCUACCCAUAGGCACCCAACAACUCCCUACAGACCAAUAUCCACCGUGCCAGAACAGGGCCCCCGACCCUCGUGCUGGGAGGCUCACCCCACCCCACCCCAUUAGCAACUUAGGUCUAAAAAAGUGUGUUUACCCGGGGUCCAUCAGAUAAGAUUAGACUGGACUAUAGAUGCUUCCGUACAUGAAAGACAAUGCAUAAUGCCAGCCAUGCUCUGUAUACGUAACAGGACCAUUGAUUGUGUCGAUACAAUGUUCCCCCUUCCCCUUUCUUCCUUUCUGUAUCCCUUUAUUAUGUACGUUUGUUACUCGAUUACACAAAAAAACUAAUAAAAAUUAAGACAUUGGAAAAAAAAAACUGGAGACAGGGCUACUAUAAUAGUCCUAACAUUAUAGGUUUACUUUAAAGUAACAAUAAAUAUAUAUACACACACACAAUAUGAUUUCAUUUAUUCAUUUCUAUACUAUUAUUUUACAGAAAAAUAUGAUUCUUUGACUGCAGAUGUUAGAAACGCUUUUCAACAAGGUAAUCCUUUUUUUUCUUUAUGUCUACAAAAAGCAACAAAAAAGUUGUGAUUGCCAAAAAGCUAAAUCAAUUUGAGUGAGAGCCUCCUGCAACAAAGUAUUAAAAUGAAAAGAUGUUGUAGCAUCUACCUAGGAUACAGUUGCUAACUAAAUGAACGUCAAGGAGGAAAAAAGCGUUGUUAUGCAACACCCAGAGACUUAUUAGAGAGCACAGUAGGUAAACUAAGCAAAAAAAAUAAAUAUUUGAACAGCGUUGGUGCAUCCUAUUGUGCCUUCAGGAGCACCUAUUUUCUAAAUAUUAAACGAAUAGGACCCUCUCUCUUACUAAAUAUCCGUAGUCUCAUCAGAGAAAAGACCUGAGAGUUAAAAAAAAAAAAAAAAUAGUAAUCAAAGCUAAAUGAAGAAAGUGCAAACUAUCAAACAAUAUUUUCUAUGAUGUAAAAGCUUCUAAAAACCGGGUGUCUAAACAAAUCAUUAUGUAUAGGAGAAAUGGGAAAUAGUACCAAGCCCCUGAUACAGUAUGUAAUUCAAGUAGGGGAUUACACCCUAUUGGUUUUCUUUACUAUUGAACUAGCUCAUUGUUUUUCAAGUUUACAAAAAAAAACAUGUUUGAAGCGGCAUUGUCACUGCCUGGGGUCCUUGCUGAAUUCAGCUAUUUAGAAACCUUCAUUAUAAAUUAAGUGGAAAUAAGUGUUGAUUAGGAAGCCAUUUAAGAUGAUGUUGUGGGACAUGAUGUUUGAGUUAACUUAGAUUUUAUCAACUGACAUGAGUAAGAAGUCCCUUAGGAUUAAAGAAGUUGAAGCCUGAAAGUUUGAUUUUUGUUACCUUCAUCAUAACAAUCAAUGCGCAUUGAUACGUGUAAAUACAUUUGUGUAAUUUACUAAAAGCAAAUACAUUUUUCUCACUAGGUGACCUUCAUGGAGCUAAACUGCUUUUAGCAAAGAUGAAAUACUUCUCAAAUAUACAAAACCAAGUUAAGAAGAAAAUAUUACCAUAGCUACUUCUACAGAUCUGAUCCUUACUGUAAUAUACAUGUAGAGUAACAAUAUGCUCUAGAACUUUGCUGCCAACGGUAUCAAGUGAAAACACUCCUUUCAUGUCAACUUGGCAGAAAAUCUCUCCUCACACCUAACCAUGAUGGCACACAACUUAACUGGGCAUUAUAUUAUGCUUGACUUUUAUAUGACCUUUGUAUUUUGGCUAAAUUAAAUGUAGUUGUGUGCUCUCUAUACACAUGGACUGUAGUUUUUAAUAAAAAAAUAAAUAAACCUAGUAUUAAUUUCACUUUAAAUGUUUUAUCCUAUUUAUUUGAGGUUUCCUGAUUGUUAA